CAGCCAUUUUGUAUGCUAAAGGUACUUGCUCCCCUACUAUUUACCCUCCCAUAUUCGAGACACCAGCCGUCUCGAAAGACACAAUAGAAGCCACAUGCUCCCAACUUUCCCAUACUAAUUUACUCAUUUACUCUUAUAAUUUCAGUUCUAAUGCUUCAUAUCUAUUCUAUAUAAUAUCUGUCUUCUAUAUAUUUUAUCUACGCUGUUGCUCAAAUAUCCUGUUACUUCUGCGCAUCUACCCGCCCGCAUACUCCUCUCCCUCGCGUCCUGCGCGUCAUACACUGUUUGCUCGAGCUCCCGUUUGCGACGAAUCAGCCGCCGAGGACCAGCCUAAGGAGAGUAGCCAGGGGAUAUUGCCCGCCAUUUCAAUACCACCACCACCAACUCCUCCAACCAUUAUAUUUACCCAGAGAAGGAAGAAAGAUAUAUAAACCGCAUGAGAAGAAACUACACCAGUCUCAGCGUCAUCGAUCAUCUGUGGUCUCUCUCUACCAUAAUUCCCUUAUCCAGAGAGCUCUCUUCGCUGGGCCGUUCCUACAUACGCCGCUAUGUCUAGCCAGGGGCGAUCCGCCAGCAGCGGUGUCCGCAAUCUCCGUGCUAUGUUCGAGAACAAAGACGACUCAACAACAUCGCCACCACAACACAGAGGCCGUUCUCCAGCGCCAUCAAUUGGAAAUAACAGUGCAUCGCCACGACCGCUCUCGAAAGUACGAACGAGCUUUGUCGCAGUCGAGCGAAACGGACAAACAGGCAUACAGUGGGGCUUAAGGAAAGAAACAACAACAAUCGUCCCACCCGAAGAUUCCACCAUGUCACACCGACGAGGAAGCUUCGCCGAGAACGAAGCCACCGACCCCGACGUGGUAAUUGAGAGGAAGAAGUCCAUCCAGGCGGAAUUCAAGGCACGCAAGAACAGCAUCGACGUCUCCGAGACCAUCCCCGAGUUCGCCCUCGAGAUGCCAUCCGCUGCAGGGAGCAAGCAGGGGACUCCGACCAUUGAACCGAAGGAUCCUAUACUACCUGCUGCGCAUACCCCGACGGGGAACCCAGAUAAGCCAUCGGCGGUGGAAGAGCGUAAUGCAAAGCUCCUCCCAGCCGAUGUGAAGAGCGCAGCUGUAGUUUCUGGUGGCAAAGCUCUGAAGGGUGCCUCGGGAGUAGGAGAGGACCUCAAGGGCGUCACAACUGGCAAGCUGAAGACCACCUCCUCAGCCAAGCCAAGCGACAAGGCAAGCAAGUCCUCCAAACCCGCUCCAAUCUCGACAACCAAAACCUCCACCCUGUCGAAAUCAAGCAAAUCGCCCGCCCUCCCAAAAACCCCCCUCUCCAGCACCUCCACCAAGUCAAGCACCAGGACCACCAAACCCGCGACCGAAAAACCCACCGCCAGGCCCUCCACAACAACCACAACAACCACCAAGCCCACCGCAGCGCCAACAACCCGCACCACCAACCCAGCCACCAAAAAACCCGCCCUCCCAUCCUCAACAGGUUUCAUCAAGCCGCGCCCAAAAUCCCCCACCAAACCCGCUAAACUACCCUCCUCCCUCACCGCCCCAACCUCCUCUUCCCUCUCCAAACUGACCGACGACGCGCGCCGCACCAGCGCCGGGUCGACGCGCUCACCCAGCCGUGUCAGCGCGAGUCAGAAGUCGGAACAGUCCCGCAAGGCACCGAGUAGUAGUAGACCAUCCCUUGGCCCGCCACCAGCUGCGGCGGGGGGGUUGAAGAAACAGGCGUCGAGACAGAGUUUACCGAAGGCGGUGGCGCCGGCGGAUGAGGGGUUUUUGGCGAGGAUGAUGAGGCCUACGACUGCGUCGGCGGGGAAGACGCAUGAUAAAGCUGGGACGCCGCCUAAGCCUAAGGUGGUGGGGGCGGGGGGGGAGAGGCCGGCGACGAGGAAUGGACAGAAUGCCAGGGGGGGGAGUAAUGGGAGUCCGGUGGCUGUUGUGAGGCCGCCUGUGCCAAUGGUGGGGGCGGUGCCGACGUUGAAGGCUUUGGGUGCGAAGGCUACGGCGGGGAAAGGGGGAAAGAAGGCGGAGGUGCCGGUAGCGAAGAAGGAGGUUUCUGCUCCGGUUGUUGCGAAGGCUGUGGAGCCAGUAGCUGCACCUGUUGUCGAGGAGAAGAUCGAAGAGCCGACUGUCGAGGCUGUGAGUGUGCCAGAGCCCGCUGCUCCUGUUGUUCAAGAGCAAGUUUUGGAACCUGCAGUAGUUGAGGAAGCUGUUGUGGAAGAAGAGGUUGCUGCACCUGUCACUACCGCUGGGGAGACCGCACCAGCAGAGAAGGAGGUUGAGAUCGAUGAGCCUGCCCCGGCUGUCGAUAUCGAGGAGGUGGAGGAGGUUGCUGUUGAAGCCGCGGCCCCUGUUGAAGAAUCCACCGAGGAGACCACCGAGGAAGCGACCGAAGAGGCGACCGAGGAACCUGCAUCUGAAAUCCCAACUGAGGAUGAACCAGUUAUCACAGACAAAGUCGACAUCGAAGCUGUUAUCGAGAACACCGGGGAGGCUGCUGUGACUGAUAAGGUCGACGUCGUUGCUGUUGUCGAAGAGACUGGGAAGGAGGAUGAGGCUACGGAGGCUGAGGUGGGGGGUGAAGAGGUCCCUGUUGUCGUCGAAACUGAAACUGAGACUGUUGCUGUUGCUGAGGAGACCCCAGCUGCUACUGUUGGUGAAGCGGAAACAGAGGCUGCUGAGGCUGCUGAAGUUGAGGUGGAGGAUGUCGCCGAGCCCACCGCCUCCACCACCGCGGUUGCCGAGACUGCCGAGGAAGAGACCGCCGCUGUCGCUGCUGAAGAAAAGACACCCGCUACGGGAGAUAAGACCGAGAAGCCGGAGGUGGAAGAAGUCGAACUCGCAGAUGCGUCUAGUGAUGUUACGACGCCGGCUGCGAGUGUGACGCCGGUGGUUGCUUUAUAACACCGCCCUUCGUUCUUGGUACGGGAUGGGUGGG